UCACAUGUGAUAGAUGAGUUACCGUCGUUGCCGGCCCAGGUCGGAUACCAUCCUCAUACGGUGUCGUCUCCUUUGACUGUGAAGUCUCGCCAGUUACAUCUCUCUCGAGAUUCUUUUAUAAGUCUCGCCAUUUUCAGAGUGAGAGUAUCAGAGAGAGAGAGGACUAUAGAAGAAAAGCAUCGCUGCUUCGGCCAUCACUCUUUGCUCUUGCUGUGAUUUAUUCUGAACAGUGAUGUCAGGGAAUGCUCUCAGAGAUCUUAACAUAGUACCUGCAUCUGAGGUAAAGAAUGGAAGCUGCAGUAAAGGGAGUUUCACAAAACAAUGCAGUGGAAAUGUUAACAAAAACAUUGAAGAGCGGCAGGCUAAAAACUCUAUAUCUUUGGUUUCAACUCCUUCUAAUGGAGAUGUGAAUCCUGGUGCGGAGAUUAGUAACUUGGAAGUGGAGUACAUUGAAUCAGAGAACUUGAGUGAUGUAGGAGAUGUUAGUGCCAAUCUAAAGACAAUCCUAGCAGGACUUGAGUCUAAAGACUGGGUAAUGGUUUGUGAAUCUCUGAAUAAUGUUCGCCGAUUGUCAAUAUUUCACAAGGAAGACGUGCUUGAGAUGCUAGGAGACAUUAUCCCUCUGAUAGUGAAGUCUCUGAUGAAUCCAAGAAGUGCUGUUUGUAAGACUGCAUGUAUGACAGCUGCAGAUAUCUUUAGUGCAUACCAUGAUCACAUAAUUGAUUCACUGGAUCCUCUGCUUGUACAGCUUCUUCUCAAGUCCUCUCAAGACAAAAGAUUUGUUUGCGAGGCAGCUGAGAGAGCUUUAAUAUCCAUGACAAGUUGGGUUUCCCCUAUAUUGUUGUUACCGAAAUUGCAACCAAAUCUCAAGCAUAGGAAUCCGCGAAUUCGAGCGAAGGCAUCAAUGUGCUUUUGUCGAAGUGUUCCGCGACUGGGAAUUGAAGGUAUUAAAGCAUAUGGCAUUGACAAGUUGAUCCUAGUAGCUGCGUCACAGCUCAGUGACAAGCUUCCAGAAUCCAGGGAGGCUGCACGAGCUCUCCUUUUGGAGCUACAAACUGUGUAUGAGAAAUCUCAUGGCCUUACUCCUACAACAGAAUCUGAUCCUCCAGGCUCUUGGGAGCAUUUUUGCCAGUCAAAACUCUCCCCUUUAAGUGCACAAGCUGUGCUUCGGGUCACCAAUGUUGCGAGAGAGGGUCUUGUUUUGGGUUCCUGAUGGGAAGCUAUACAGUGUGAGCUUUAGGAUAUUUCUUUUUAUCUACCACAUAUGUGAGAGAACUUUAAACGAGAAGUAGCUUGCAAUUGCGUUGUUUUGGUUCAAUAUUAUUUUCCUGUAAAUACGGUGAGACUUUGAGAUGUUUGGAAUUGCGAUCAAGCAUUCAGUUGUUUUUUUUCCUUCUGUUUUUUGCCUGAUAUUCAUCAGCAGAUAGUUUACUGCUUAGCCACCAGUUUCCUCAUUCACAUGUAUGGUUGCUCUUGCUA